AGUUCUGAUCAUGUACAUUUUGAACAGAUGAAAGAGAUAGUGAGGAGUUACAACAUUGAGGCAAAGUGGUUCAUUGAAGGAUACAUGCCUCCCUUUGCUGAUUAUAUGACCAAUGGCUUCAUUACCAGCACAUAUUACCUGCUGGCAGCCACGUCUUUCAUCGGCAUGAACGCUGUUACAAAGGAAGCUUUCGAUUGGCUUGUAGGAAAACCCAAAAUUCAAGUAGCUAAUGUCACUAUUUGCCGGAUUGUCGAUGAUGUAGCAACUUACGAGAUUGAGAAGAAAAGAGGACAAAGUGCGACGGGGAUCGAGUGCUACAUGAAAGACUACGGAGUAUCCGAGGAAGAGGCAAUGGAGGAAUUUAAGAACAUUGCUGAGAAUGCAUGGAAGGAUAUGAACGAGGAAUGUGUGAAGGAAAAAUCAGUUUCAAUGGAGGUUCUGAAAAGAGUUGUGAAUCUGUCCCGACUGAUCGAUGUUGUUUACAAGCACAAUCAAGAUGGCUAUACUCAUCCCGAGAAAGUGUUGAAGCCCCUUAUUACU